AUGGAGAAAACUCGGUCUUUGCUCAGCGUGUUUGAAGAAGAUGCAGGAACCCUUACUGAAUAUACAAACCAGUUGCUUCAGGCAAUGCAACGAGUCUAUGGUGCUCAGAAUGAAAUGUGUCUGGCCACACAGCAGCUUUCAAAGCAGCUCCUUGCCUAUGAAAAGCAGCAUUUUGCCUUAGGUAAAGGAGAUGAAGAAGUGAUAUCCACCCUUCAUUACUUUUCAAAAGUUGUGGAUGAGCUCAAUAUUCUUCAUUCUGAACUGGCAAAACAGCUUGCAGAUACAAUGAUUCUACCAAUAAUACAAUUUCGGGAAAAAGAUCUGACAGAAGUAAGCACAUUGAAGGAUCUUUUUGGCCUUGCUAGCAACGAACAUGACGUGUCCAUGGCAAAGUAUAGCAGGUUACCGAAAAGGAAAGAAAAUGAAAAGCUUAAGGCAGAAGUGGCAAAAGAAGUGGCAAAUGCAAGAAGAAAGCAGCACCUUUCAUCUCUGCAGUAUUACUGUGCCCUGAAUGCUCUGCAGUACAGGAAGAGAGUGGCAAUGAUGGAACCUAUGCUGGGAUAUACACGAGGACAGAUAAACUUCUUUAAGAAAGGAUCAGAAAUGUUUUCCAAAAGGAUGGACGGCUUUUUGUCUUCUGUUUCAGACAUGGUUCAAAGCAUACAGGGCGAGCUGGAUGCUGAAGCUGAAAAAAUGAGAGUAUCCCAGCAGGACUUAAUUGCACUUAAUGAAUCUGUUUACACGCCGGAUUCUGAUGUAAAUUCACCUGCUAUCAAUAGAAAUCUCAUCCAGAAAGCUGGCUACCUUAAUCUUAGAAAUAAAACAGGUCUGGUGACUACAACUUGGGAGAGACUGUAUUUCUUCACUCAAGGUGGCAACUUGAUGUGUCAGCCAAGGGGAGCGGUAGCUGGAGGAUUGAUUCAGGACCUGGACAACUGCUCUGUUAUGGCUGUAGACUGCGAAGACAGAAGAUACUGCUUUCAGAUCACUACUCCUACAGGCAAAGCGGGUAUAACCCUUCAAGCAGAAAGCAAGAAAGAAUACGAGGAGUGGAUUUGUGCCAUCAACAACAUCUCCAGACAGAUCUAUCUCACCGACAAUCCAGAGGCAGCUGCAAUCAAGUUAAAUCAGACAGCCCUACAAGCAGUGACUCCCAUCACCAGCUUUGGGAAAAAACAUGAAGUUCACCACCCCAGCCAGAAUGUAAAGAAUACAGAAAAUGAUAAAAUAAUUCCCAAUGCAUCAGGUGGCAUUCAAGACUCUGCACAACUCAUUGCUCCCGGAACACCAAUUCAGUUUGAUAUUGUCCUGCCUGCCACAGAAUUCCUGGACCAGAACAGAGGUGGCAGGCGUGCAAACCCAUUUGGGGAGUCUGAAGACAGCAGCAAAGAUGAGGAGGGAGAUUCCCUCUUGCAGCAGAUGUUCGUAGUUCGGUUUUUAGGAUCUAUGGCUGUUCAGUCAGAUGACACAAGUGAGGUGAUUUAUGAAGCCAUGAGACAAGUGUUAGCUGCUCGCGCCAUUCACAACAUAUUCCGUAUGACUGAAUCUCAUCUCAUGGUCACCAGCAAGAACUUGAGGUUGAUAGAUCCUCAAACCCAAGUUACACGAACAAGUUUCGAACUUGCCGCUGUGACACAGUUUGCUGCUCAUCAGGAUAACAGGCGACUGAUUGGCUUUGUGGUUCAUCUCAGCGAGACUCUGGGAGAAGAAUCCAUGAGCGCGUAUGUUUUUGAGAGCAACACAGAAGGGGAAAAGAUUUGCUAUGCUAUCAGCUUGGGAAAAGAAAUCCUCGAGGCACAGAAGGACCCAGAAGCAUUAGCUCAGCUAAUGAAGUCUGUGCCAUUAACAAACGAUGGAAAGUUUGUGCUUCUGAACGACCAGGCAGAAGAGGAUGGAACCCUCCACGAAGAAGGGGAGGAGUCAGAAGCAUAG